AUGAAAGACAUGAAGGAUUCUAUAAGAUUGGUGGAAAUGGUGAAUGAAGUUACAGAAGAGAUAACUAAGUAUUAUAUCUUGAAGUGUUUCAUUGAUAAUAAUGGGAUGAAUUUUGAGACGCUUUCUAGUUUUGACCAUGGGCUGAUUAAUGUGAUUCUUUAUGGAAUACCUGGUGAAUCAGGCAAACCAAAACUGAUAGUAAAGGAUGCAUUUGUAAGAAUAUUGACGAAUGAAAAAGAUGAGAUUAAAAGAAAUAGGAAUGUUGAGUCUAUAGCAAAGAUAUUUAAAGUGUUAAAAUCUAUAAAUGAAGUUGAUAAUACACCAGAUGUAAUAACGAUUGAAGAAGUGGUGAAUGUUAUGAAAGAUAAACGUAAAGAAUUUGCACUGUUAGUAGAAACGCUAUUAAGUCACAAGGAAUGCCAUUCUGUAACUAAAAUUCUGAUUUGUCUUGAUUCAAAAGAUGCAAAAGAAAUAUGCAAUGAUAUAAAAGAUUAUCAUAUGGCAGAAGUGUUGAAUUUUAUAGAAGAUCAACUUAUAAAAAGAAUAUUGAUGCAAUUUGAUUCUGAACGUUCAGCAGAUGUGUUAAAACAUCUUAAUAAACCUGAGAAAGCAGCAGGAAUAUUGAAUCUUCUUGAGCCUGCUAAAGUAAUAGAUAUAUUGGAUUGUAUGGACAAAAUCUUUUCUAGAUAA